AUGGAGAAUUUUGAAGAUUUCGAAAAUAAAAGCUAUGUGCCCGCGAGAGAAGUUCGAUACACUUUAACAGAUCACCUUGUAUUUAUAAAAAACUUUUUAAUAGUUGUUCUGAAAGUAGCUUUAAAAUUAGUGACAGAAAUUGCAGAAAUUGUUAUUGAAUUGUUUAAACCAAAGAAGCCAAAAAAUAUUUCAGGCCAAUUAGCGCUCAUCACGGGUGGAGCAAAUGGUCUCGGUCGAGCGAUAGCAUUCCGAUUAGCUCAAGAAAAAUGCAAUAUCGUUAUCGUUGAUGUGAACAUAAAGGAAGCACAUGCCACAGCAUCAGAAAUAGCGGAAAAGUUCAAGGUCAAAACUCGUGCUUACAAAGUGGACGUCUCGGAUUACGAUGCCAUUCAACAGCUGAAGAAUGACGUAGAAAACGAUUUUGGAAGUGUCGAUAUACUUGUGAAUAAUGCUGGAAUAUUGAGCAAGAUAUCAUUGCGUGAAGGUCGCGCGGCUGAUGUUCAAAAAGUUAUUAACGUUAAUCUCACUUCUCACUUCUGGACCGUUCGCACAUUUAUUGAAAAGAUGAUUGAAAAUAGGCGUGGACACAUAGUAGCAAUAUCGUCAUUAGGUGGAAAAAUUGCGUUUCCGCUUGCAUGUGCAUAUUGUGCUACAAAGUUUGGAGUGAGAGGCUUUAUGGAAGCUUUAUACGAUGAACUUUGUGUGGAUAAUUAUGAAACAUUUAUUAAAACAACUUGCGUGUUUCCAGCAUUUGUGAACACGAGAAAAGAACUAAGUGAUGUCUUAGAUCAGACAAAAGAAUUGGGUCCGAGAAUGUCCCCACGUUAUGCCGCAAAUAAAAUUGUUGAAGGCAUGCUACUUGACAAAAGAGAUAUUACACUUCCCUCUGGAGCUAAACUUCUGCAGAUUGUAGGAUUCUUUCCUGAUAAAACCAUGAAAUACACAAAAACCAAUAUUACGCCGGUUAGUCAUCUUCAACGUGCAGAAAGGAAGCCUGAAAACUUCAACAAAACAGAUUGAAUGAACGAAAAUAUUUAUCUAUUUAAAUAUUAGACUGAAAACUUUUCAAUUUUAGCAAUAAAGAAAGAAAUUGUAAUUGGUUUUAAAAAGGCAUUAAAGCCUUAUUGAA